AUGCUAUUCUGUAUGAAGAUACCAUCGGCCUUUACGUUAUUGAUAGUACCGUUACUGCUGAUCCCUUUGUGUUCUGCGAAUAGUACAAACAGCAGCAACAAGGUGAGUUUGAUUUGUGAAAUUUCAGAUGAUCGGGACAGUUAAUGGUCGUUGAUUGCAUUAUUCAUUUGCCAGAAACGGAAUAAAAUGAAAUGGAAUCAAUGAAAGUAUGAGUCAGAAUGAAUGUCCUGACAUCCGGGGCCGUUUUCAACUUUUAUUUUUUGAUAUGUAGACAUGUUUUAGGCUUCACUUUUAAUUAUAAAUGUUAAUGGUAGAAUUUAUCAUCGAAAUGGAUAGUUUCCUAGUCAAAUAAUGUAAAUGCACAGGAAAUGAAUAAUUGAACAAUAAUAAAAUGAUCAUUAGUAGUUGCGUUGUUGCUCAACAAUGAACGAACGAUGGACUUGUAGUGUCAGCGGCCAAAAGUAGAGUCCUUCAAGCGUCUUUUGUUUCUGUACUUAGCUUAUAUCUGCUUUUAUCUAUCUAUUAUCAUUAUUAAUAUAUAUUUUCUGUCAAUUAUUUAUUUACUUAUAUUUCAAAGGCUUUUCAUAGAACAAACAUCCCAAGUGCAUUAACUCCAAAUCAAAGAGAAGGAAUGAUACAUUGAUUCUUUUUUUUUUUUUCAUGUCUGCCCUUAAUUUCCUCAACAGAAUUCCCAACAUGGCUCUUGUGGUUACUCUCCGUGUUUCUGCGCACCGGGGAUACCGGGCAUCCCAGGAAGCCCGGGACCCGCGGGACGAGCUGGUACAACGGGAUCACCCGGGAAUAACGGACCCGAAGGACCUGUGGGUCCACGAGGAGUCAAAGGCGAUGAAGGAUCCCGAGGAAAACAAGGACUUCCAGGCCCCAAGGGAGGUACAGGGUCAACUGGUCCAGCAGGCCCACUCGGAAGCAAAGGUGAUACAGGUACCCCUGGAAGUCAAGGUCCACCUGGCCCCAAGGGACCAAAAGGCCCCUCUGGUCAAGCUGGGAAGAAGGGUGAUACAGGUCCUCCUGGAAGUCAAGGUCCCUCAGGCCCCAAGGGGGCUUCAGGGUCUUUUGCACGUAACUGGAAACAGUGCGUUUUUAAGAAGCUGGGGGAUGGCCGAGACUCUGGAUUGGUCAAGGUGAAAGCUAAGUUGACCUCAGAAUAAAAAGUUCGUCAGUACCUGGGUUUUAUCUCAAAAGAUAGAAUUUCAUUAGAAGGUCUUGUUCUCAAAUUUGCCUGGAUUAGAACCAGUGGCCUGCGUGGCUCAUUUCUUUAAUUAUUUCUGAUUUCCUUUACUUCCAAAAACUUCACAAUUUUAUCGAGUAAAAUCUUGCAAAUCAAAUGUUUUUACAUAGAAGCACUCCUCAGCAGUUUUGAAUGGUAAUACCGUGGGAUUUUGUUCACAGAUUAAAGUGUUAGUUUAACCCACCUUGUACCCACUGUACCAUACGAAAGCGUUGUUGAAGAGGUAUAAUUCAGUGCCGGAACCAGACCUUCAGAUAAGGGAGGGGGGUGGCGGUCUCCAAAAAUACUUUUUCUGUCCUUAGGGCCUCAGUUUGGUCUAGAAAUUAAGAGGGGGGAGGGGGGGGGGGGGGGGGGACGGGGUACCCGGUCCCCUCCCCUGGAUCCGCCACUAUAAUUUGAAUCGUCGUAACUUAAGAUAUCCAUAGACUCUAAAGUUUGUCAGAGCUGUCUCUCUGUGGGUAAAAAAAUUAAAAGGUUACUCUGAUAAUCUUGAAUUUUGUUGCUUUUUCCUUUCAACAGGAAUGCAUUUUCAAGAAGAAGUCGGACAACACAAGUCUGCGUGUCUAUUGGAGUGGCCAACUCCGACUCCAUAACUGCAACAGCUGUUGUAGGCGAUGGUAUUUCACUUUUAAUGGCGCAGAGUGCUCGGCUCCAGCAGCUAUUGAUGCUGUAGUUUACAUGGUAUAUGGAAGUGGCAGCAGACUACAAGAUUUGCACCGUCCGCGUCACGUCGAGGGAGUCUGCGAUAAAAUCCACAAAGGCACUGUGCGCGUGGGAUUCUGGGUCGGCAACUGCAAAGGUUACGGUUCUGCUGAUGCACUAACAGGAUGGAACUCGGUGUCCCGGAUGUUCGUGGAAGAAAUACCUCCCCCACAAGCUUAA